AUGAGAACGUGGUCUACCCUGCUGACAGCACUGACAGCUCUCACUGCCUACUAUGUGUACAGCCCACUGCCCAGCACCUUGACAGAGCCCUGGAAACUCAUGAUGCUGGAUGCCACCUUCAGAUGUGCUCAGGAUCUGAGUAACUUGGCACAUUAUUUUGGCCUCAGUCACCAUUUGCGAGUCUUGAAUUUCAUUUCCAACUACUUUGAUCAAGUAGACCCUGUAUCGUCUGCACAUGUUAAAGUCUCAGAUACCAUGUUUGAUGGCGUGGAGGUCAGAAUCUUUGAACCUGAUGCAGGACCUGGUGGGGCAUUAAAACGCCUCAUUAUUUACAUCCAUGGCGGAGGAUGGGCCCUUGGAAGUGCAAGAGCAAGGUCCUAUGACACUCUGUGCCGGAGCAUUUCUGAAGAUGUGAAUGCUGUUGUUGUUUCUAUUGAAUACAGGCUGGUACCAAAUGUUCAUUUUCCAGAGCAACUGAAUGAUGUCUAUGCUGCCACAAAAUAUUUACUGCUGCCAGAGGUCCUUGCCAGGUACUCUGUUGAUCCGGAAAGGAUUGCCAUAUCGGGAGAUAGUGCUGGAGGAAACCUGGCUGCUUCUGUGUGCCAGCAGAUUACUGGAGAUAAAAGUGUAACCACCAAAGUGAAACUGCAAGCUUUAAUCUAUCCUGUACUUCAGAUACUGGAUUUCAACACUCCUUCUUAUCAGCAAAACACAGACAUGCCAAUACUGUCUCGAUUUGUGAUGAUUAAAUUUUGGCUUGACUACCUGAAUGGAAGUCAUGAUUUUGCCCAUGCAAUGCUGGUUAAUAAUCAUACUUCUUUGGACAUAAGUGAAACCAUUGCACUACGAGAACGAUUGAAUUGGGAUUCAUUACUACCAGCAUCAUUCAAAAAGAACUUCAAGCCUAUAUUUCAGACAGUGGGUAGUCCAAAUGUUAUGCAUAAUGUACCUGCGUUACUUGACAUCAGAGCUUCUCCACUGAUUGCACCUAAGGAAACACUCAAUCGGCUUCCAAAGACCUAUGUCCUGACUUGUGAACAUGAUGUCCUCAGGGAUGAUGGGACCAUGUAUGCAAAAAGGCUGGAAGAAGCAGGAAUUGAUGUUACCCAUGACCAUUAUGAAGAUGGCUUCCAUGGCUGCAUGCUGUUUUGCUGCUUGGCCCACUUAUUUUUCAGCCGGUGCUAGAACAAGAGAUGGUUAUAUUAAAUGGCUCAGAGAGCAUCUUUAA